AUGGCCUCCGCGCCGAGGCCGGGCGUGCGCCGCCUCUUCGCCGACGACGACGCCGCGCUCCUCGAGCUCGCGCUCGCCGAGGUGGCCGCCGCGUGCCGAGACCUCUCUUGCCCCGCUGCACCGACCCAGCGUGGCGGCCCCGGGCCCCAGAUGCGGCGUUGGCGAGGAUGGAUCCAGCGUUGCGACGGCGGCGGCCAGGCCAAGCACAGCAGCUCCAACGAUGUCGGCUGCCCUUGGCGGAGGAGGUGGGGUCCUGCGGGCUCCAGCAAGGCCAAGCAGGCCGCAAAUUUCAUCAAGGCGGUCGUCGACGGCGCGCCCUACCUGCGGAAGGUGGACCUCGAGGCCUACACCGGCUACGACCUGGUCCUCGGCGCGCGCUCCAGGACAAGCUCUUCUCUCAUUUCAACAUCAGUGAGUACCACCCCCCUCUGCCUCGCCAGCUUCUGGUUACCGCAGCAGCACUUUGCUCUGUUUGGUUGA